AUGCUUCUGCCUGUGUCCGCCCUAGUUUCCAUGGCGGCAGACAUCUCUACGAAACUCUCCAUGAUUAAAUGGAAUACUCAUGUCAAGCGGGGCCACGCUAUGCUCUCACUGCUUACGCGGUAUGUAUCGUACGACACUGCGACCAAGCUUCUCAAACUGCUCAUUCAACCAGGCCUCAAGCCUGAUUUGAAGUAUUUAUUCUCGUCAGACCUGUUCGCAGCUCACCCAUCUCUCCCAGUGCGGAUAAUCCUACCUGACUGGGAACAAGAAGAUGGGCCGAUGAAGGCUCUGGGUCUGGGAACAAUUACUAAUGACUUGCAAUUCUCAGAAGUAACGGGCACAAACAGGAAACGGAUCCAUCGGGUUCUUUUCCCUCCCCUUUCCGCCUUCCGCCAGGCUCGAUAA